AUGUCUAUUUUCUCUGUUUUUGUUUGGAAUAUCGCUGUAAUUCUGCUUGGAAAAGCCGAUGAGAUCAAUUCAAAGUACAAGGAUAAGAAUUUAGAUGUAAGUUGUUUUUCUUUUAAUAUUCCCCAAGAAACGAAUAGAAAUGUUUGAGCAUUUGAAACAUGAAGUUUCCCCAGAAAACGAGUUUUUUUUGCAAAAAGGUGAAUAUUUUUUAUUUUUAAAUUUUUUAUGAAUUUUUUAUUGUAAUUUUAUAUAUUUUUUAUUUUUAAGAUUUUUUUUAUUUUUCGUUUCUUUUUUGAUUUUUUUUUAUUUUUCAGUUUUUUUUUUAUUUUUUGAUUUUUUUAAACCUUUGUUUAUCUUUUUCAGUUCUUUUCUUAGAUUUGUUUUAUUUUUUUUUCUUGAUUUUAAAAAUUUUUUUUUCAUUUAUUAUAAUUUUUGACAUUUUUUAUUUUUAAGGUUUUUUUAUUAUUCGUUUCUUUUUUGAUUUUUUUUUAUUUUUCAGUUUUUUUUUUAUUUUUUGAUUUUUUUAAACCUUUGUUUAUCUUUUUCAGUUCUUUUCUUAGAUUUUUUUUAUUUUUUAUUUUUUGAUUUUUUUUUUCAUUUUUUGUUCAUUUUCAGAACGAUCACCUCGAAUAUCCACUAUUCGCCCCGUUUGAUUCCUCUCCCUUCGUCGACCCAAUCCGUGGCCUCUCCCCCACUCAGCACGCCUAUUUUCGCAGCAAAUUCUCCUCGGCCUACUAUGAUCCGGUCUGCGCGAAACACGUGUAUCAUGUUCGUCCUAUUUAUUUCAACCCCGGCGACACGGUCCGCCUGAAGUGCGUGGUUUGCGUUCGAGCCGAGGUGUUCACGGGCGAAAUGAAACACUGGAAAGUGUUGAGGAGAAAUGUUUAUGACGCGGUGAAGAACCCGAGGAGGGUCAGCGACGAUGAUUGGGUGGUUUUGAGUGAUGGUAAGGAAGUUUCGGACAUAAAAAAAAAUUGAAAAAUAAAAAAUUUUCGAUAUUUUCGAUAACUUUUGACGUUUGCACUGUGCAAAAAAAGGUUGCGGAAUUAAUGAGGUUUAAGUCGAAAAAUCGCAAAAAUUUGAUGAUUUUUUUGAUUUUUUUUCGAAUCGUAAAAAUUUUCAAAAAAAAAAUGCAUCGAAAAAACUUUUCGUUUCUUAAAAAGAUUUAAAAAAAUUGCAAGCUGCAGAAUAAAAACAAAAAACGGUAAAAGUUCCUUAUUUUGGCCACAACUUUUAACUUUGCGGAAACUGGUCGGAAUUAGCCCAAAUUUAGCGUACACGCUCAAUUCAUCGUUGUCAAUGCCCGGACAGUAGAUUUAGUUAACGAGGUACCUUCUUUUUUACGUACCACCUUACCCUUCAAAAAACGGCUGCAGUCUGUGAUUUUACACUUUAUACGAUGAAACAUGUCCGGCACUAAACUUAUUGCCUCCGUAUGGAACUAAAUGAGUCGUCACAGCCUUCGUAGUUGCCCUUAAAACUAUAGAGCUAUUAUAGUAAUUCAGUUCCAGCUAGGUCGAAGUGUUUUUUAAUAACUUAGUGCCCAAGCUUGGGCGCAGUUCGCGGAGUACCUUUUUUGGCCAAAAUAAGGAACUUUUUCCCAAAAAACAUUUUUUUUGUUCAAUAAAGGCAGUAAAACUGAAAAUUCAUGUGGAAAUCGGGCGCUUGCAGCUUUUUCAGACCUGAUUAUGGACACAAAGGUCACAAAAAACCCCGAGGACUCCUCAAAAACAAAAUCCAAGCUAAUGAUCGGGCAGCUCGGAAAUUUUUUUACGUAAAAAGGAAGUAUUAACAAAAAUUUAUUAAAUUGUUAUGUUUGUUAUAAAGAGUACACUUUUCUUUCCUUUAUGUGACUGACAUUAAGAAAUCAAGGCACACUUGUAACUAUUGAGGCAAUAAUAUUCGCUUAGGGAGUAAUUACUCGCAAAAUUUUCAAUUCCUAAAAACAAUUUGUCUUUUAUACUUUUAUACUCUUGGGUCGAAUUUUAUGUCGUCUUAUUUUUUUAGUUUAAUUUAGUACGGUAGAAAUGACGCUCUAAAAAAGUAGACACAUUAUUAUGUUUCAUAUUUUGUGAUAAAUUAUUUUAAUUUUUUUUUUGGGAAAAGUUCCUUAUUUUGGCCACAACAAAGGAACUCCGCGAACUGCUCCCAAGCUUGGGCACUAAAGUUAUUAAAAAACACUUCGACCUAGCUGGCACUGAAUUACUAUAAUAGCUCUAUAGUUUUAAGGGCAACUACGAAGGCUGUGACGACUCAUUUAGUUCCAUACGGAGGCAAUAAGUUUAGUUCCGGACAUGUUUCAUCGUAUAAAGUGUAAAAUCACAGGCUGCAGCCGUCUUUGAAGGGUAAGGUGGUACGUAAAAAAGAAGGUACCUCACUCACUAAAUCCACUGUCCGGGCAUUGACAACGAUGAAUUGAGCGUGCACGCUAAAUUUGGGCUCAUUCCGACCAGUUUCCGCAAAGUUAUAAGUUGUGGCCAAAAUAAGGAACUUUUACCUUUUUUUUGAAAAUUACUUCAAAAUGAGGUCUCUAGUGACGGUGAAAUAUUGGCUUCAUGGUGCGAAAAUAUUAUUAUUAUUAUUAUUAUUUUUUUUUUUUUUUUGAAAUUUGCAUACUGCAAAACUUUUGCAUGGUGCAAUAAAAGAAUUGACGCAAAAGUAGUUGGUCUACACAGUGCAAAACCAGCGACCUCCAAAAAUCGGCUGCACGGUGCGAGAAAAAACUUUUUAGAAGUUUGCACAGUGCAAAAUCUUUUGAAAGGCGCGAAAAAAAUCGAAAAGCGACAAGAAAAUUCCGCACUGUGCAAUCAAAAAAAUUGGCGACAGAAUUAUUCCUUCUGCACAGUGCAAAAGCAGCGACAGCGAAAAAUUGGUUGCACGGUGCGAAUUUUUUUUGAGAGAGUGCCAAAAAUUUAUUCUCCCAUUUUUUUUAUAAUUUCUUUUUAUUUCAGAUACAAAGAAGGAGUUUCUUGGGAAUCAAGAGGACUUCAAAACCCCAAAAUUUUUUGAUGCCGAGGGCAAUCAAACAGAUGUUCCAAAAUCGGAGGUGUAUCAGAAUCAUGGGCAUCUCUAUAUUACUUAUGUAAGGAAGUUAAAAAUGUUUUUUGCGGUUUUUGAAAUUAAAAAAAUGAUAUCCGUCAUUUUUAUUUACCUUUUUAUUUUUUUGGAUUUUUAAAAAUUUCAAAAAAUUAAAAUCCAUAUUUUGAUAUAUUUCCGAUUUUUAGAUGUAUAUAUUUUAGGCCCGUAUUGAGCAAUUUGGACUCUACGAAUGCUCCGAUUUCUCUCAUAUUCAUGCCCAUCAGUUCGCUUAUUUGCUGAUUCCGAGAACCCCAUUUUUGCAACCCUACGAAAACAUAUUUGCAGAAGAAUGCAAUGCAGAAGAAGGCCAACAGUUAUCGGCUGCACGCGGUCGAUUUGACUCGUUUGGACUAUGGAGAACAUUCCCAAUGUUCUUGCAGAAUAAAGAAGAAGGAAUUUGCGCGGGGAACUGUUUGGAUACGGUAAGAAAAAUUUUGAAAAAAUUUGAAAAUAAAAAAAAAAUUUAAAAAUUGUUCCAUUUUUGGAUAUUGAAAAAAAUAAAAAAGGCAAAAAAAUUUGUUUUGGUUUUUUUGUUGGAUUUUUGAACCUCAGAAUGAUAAAAAAAAUAAAUAAAAAAUAAUUAAAAUGUUCCAUGCUUUCAAGUUUUUGACCCUAAAAAAUGAAUUUAUUAUUAUUUUGUUAACUUCAAAAAAAUAAAAAAUCCAAAAAAUCUCAUUUAGGCACCAGACGAGUCCCAAUUCAACUCAUCUUGGUCGGUUCCGAUCUUCACCGGCGAUAUUGACGAAGAAUUUUUGACGAAAAAACUCAAUUUAGAGGUAUUUCUGCACUGGUCUCCGUGGUCGGCGUGCUCUCCGGCGCUGAAAAUGCAAACUCGAACAGGACACUGCCAUAUAAGGAAGGUUGAAGAAAGGGAUUUUGAUUUCGCAAAGGACAGUUCAACAGGAGUUAUGAAGUGGAUUUACCCAGUCCACAAGCUUUUGGAGACGGUAACGCAAUUUCGAAAGGAAGGAAUUUUGCUGCAGAGGUGAGAAAUGGGAUGUUCGAAAAAAAUUUAUGAUUUUUUUAUUUUUUUCUCAUUUUUUAUUUUCAGCGCAAUUCUCUCCGAUUUGAUGCUGGAGUCCUCCUCAAUUCCGAACCAUUGUUCCACGUAUAAAAACAAAAUUUUGAACGAAUUUGUCGACGGGAUUGUGGAGAAAAUCCGAGUCAAAGGAGUCCAAACAACGCCGAGGGAAUCGUAUUUCCUCGAUUUGAACCCGUGCUUCAGAAGAUUACAGGAUGAUGAUGCGGACCCAACGCGGCUCCUCAUAAUGGGGCAUAGUGUAAUUCAGAAUCGAAAAUGCAAUAUUUGAGUCUGUUUUUCGUUGAAUAAAUUUGGGGGGCAAAAUUUGCUUUUUGGUGAGAUCUUUUUUGAUGAAAAAAUGUUUUUUAUUGAUGAAUGGGUGCAAAACUCAAGAAGGGGGUUUUGCGUUCUUAUCCCUACAUCCUUUCAAAAACAUUUGGCUAAGUAACUUAAUAAGAAGUCUCCCUUUCGGUUAUGAGUUCCCGCGGUCUCCUUGAACUGACGCCAUAGACUCUCAACUCUCAGCGGUGUUUGUAUGGGCACCGGUUUCGGGGUGCUUGAAGUUUAUAGAAUGGUUAACGGAUAAAUGGGUAAGACCUUCAUCCCAUAGGCAGUCGUACGCCUUCCAACAAUCCAAUACGGCAAUAGCUUCAGGCUGAACAAAAUGCUGUAGUAUCGGUAUCAGAUAGGCUCGGUUCAGAUUUGCCACGGGAAUCGUGAACGUAUCCCCACUUUCCUCUUCCACCCCUCCAAAAACUCACUUUCCUUCAACUCGGUGCCGUUAUAUUUUCGCUUGCCGAAUUUAGAUUUGUCUAUCUGUAUGGUCAUCCCUGAACCGCUCAGGGGUUGUGCAUUCAGCACGAAAGCGUCGAAGAGGAAGGACUUCACGGUAUCCGCAGUAAGAGCCCCAAUCGCUCAGUUUCUCGGGACUUCCAAUGUCGGGCAGUUCUUUGAUGACUUCCAUCUUCUUCAACCACAUUUCUAA